ACAAUUUAAGUUCAACAGAUCCUUAAUGUGUAAUAUCAUGGAAAUUUAGUUAGACAGGUAUCCGGAUGUUAAUCACGCUAGUAGCUUGCCAUCGCUCACGAUAAAUUCUAGCUGUACCCCACGCGGAACUGCCUUUCCAUAACCCCGCGCCUGUCACCUUGACCCCAGGUUUCUCCAAUGGACAGCUCAAAAGAUAAAAUUUGUAUACCGUGAACGACGGUAUGUCAGAUCCCUUCAUGAUGCGUUGUCAUUGAAAGAUACACUCGGAGAUCUUGAGAUAAACUGGCAAGAUUAAGGAGACCCAUAAUCAAAGUGGCUGAGAGGCGUGCCACAGAGAUGCAGUAGCUUUGCAUAGGAUCAAUGUCUUUCACUCUUUAGCCAUAUUCCUCCAUCAUUCGUCAUGUCGUCUCUGUACGCAGAUAUACCACUAUCCCGGCCUGACAAGCAAAUUAGACUGCUCCGGCUUGAGCAAUCAUCGUCUGAUUGUGAUGACUACUGUUUCAGCUUGGCGGCACACGAGUUUCACGACGAUGUGCGCCCAUCUUAUAUUGCCAUCUCAUACACUUGGGGGAAUACCGUCCCACUUCUCCCGAUAUUUGUGAAUGGUAAAAAGAUGCGAGUACGUCAUAAUUGCUGGUAUUCCCUUUGGCAAAUUAGACAUCAUGGUUUAACUGAUUAUCUCUGGAUUGAUUCGUUGUGCAUCAAUCAAGAUAACGAUGAAGAGAAGAAUUUCCAGGUUGCCAUGAUGGGAUCGAUUUAUGAAUCUGCAUUGUGGGUUGCAAGUUGUAUUGGCACCGGUGAAACCAUCAGUGUGAUGGAGCCCGGCUUGAUGUCUGAUAGUGAAGAAGCCAAACUCGCCAGGAUGAGACUUAGAGAAAGCUUUGAUCAAAUACCAUAUUUUGAUAGAGUAUGGAUCAAACAGGAAAUCAUUCUUGGACGUGAUAUCACACUCUUUUACGGACUAAAAAGGAUCUCAUGGGAAAAGUUUGAUCUAUUGAUGAACAUGGAGCAGAGGCUGUUGGAACGGAAGUUGAACUCAGAAGAAAGUGCUGACUCUGGUAUUUUCGAUGCGUUAGAUAAUGGGGCAGGUUCAAGCGGUUUUUACGAAUUGAGUCGAGCACAAGAAAUGCUACUCCAGGAAACCGAGACGAAUUCUGCUAUAUCACAACUUUGCAAUCAUCGCUCAAGACCAAUGUCUGGUACGUUCGUUGACUUGGUUCUCAGAUAUAAAACAGCAAAGGCUACCAAUUCCAGGGAUAAAAUAUAUGCACUUCUCUCCCUUCUCCCAAAAGAAGACCCCAUCCGGCAAAACUUAGUGGUUGACUAUGGACAGCCUACAUUCAAUUUAUUCCACACAAUCAUAAGAUUGGUGUACAGCGCGUACGAAGAUACAAAAUAUGGACAAAAGCAUCAGGUCUUGGGUUUAAUCAGGGAAUGGCUGGGAAUUAAUGAAACAAACGUGGAAAUGAACGAUUAUCUGAAAUCUGUUCCCUCUUCACCAUCGGAUUGGCUACCUUCUUCGAUUUCAGAUUUGGCUGGUUCUUGGCUUAAUGGAAUCGAUCCUCAUAUUAUGCUGGAUGUCAUGGAAAUGUGCAAAAUAGGUGCGCAGGAUGAAAUCAACCUUAACUUGGAUCUUAAGCCUGAGGAGUACACACCUUUAGCCUUAAUCAAACACAUUAAUACGUGGCGGCGUAAUGAUGAGAAAUGGACCAAGAAAGAUAUGCAGCAGCUUGUGCCAAUCAACCUCAAAACAACAAGGGUUGUCUUUAUACGUCCAACUCUACACAUGAGUAUUUCUCCGAAUAUGAAAGAGUUUCUGGCUAAUGCAGAUGUUCGAGCCGGGGAUUUCAUUGCAAAGAUACUUUGGGAUGGGCCUAAAUCCUCCUACCACGUCACAGCUGUCCGGACUGUAGCACAUGCAGUUUUACGGGCAGUGGAUGUUAGCGACAAAGAUAAAGAAGAGGACAUCCUCGACGACUCUGCCAUGGACACUUCCGAAGACAUGUUUGAUAGCUUUUUGAACCACCUCUCAGAACAAGGGAACAGCCCAGGAGUUAUUCUCAAACUCCACAGCUGGGCGAUUCCGGUGGGCCAGGAUCUUACCCUACUGACUGAAAAUGAAGAAUCCGAUUCUUCAUAUGCACAUCGGAAUCAAAGCUUGAGUAGAUUAAAGCUACACCAUAGGGACUUGUUGAUACCAUUGAUUUUGAACAAUACGCCGCUAUAUGCAUUGCUGUAUCCUGCACCUGAAGGUUCAUACUUCUCAACAGUUCAGUCGGACAAUGACGUGGAAUCUUUGGAUCAAAAACGCCAGCCCAGCUCUCCCUCCAAGAGUGAAGUAGAUUAUAACUAUCUCAGAGAUGUACUGGGUUGAAACUUGCAAACACUAAGGAUGUGGGUAUCGGCAUUGAGAAAAUUUGGGUGACUUUUGAUGGCGUUGGUGCUCCGAGCUCGUUUACAGGGCUCACAAGGACGAUCUGGAGUUUGGCAAUGUCUCAGGGUUAUGAAGAUUGGGAUUUGGUUACACCAUCUUUUUGUCAAUAUUCGAGAAUCCUCGUAUAUUGUUUCAUAAAUAAACCCUUAUAGAUUAAUUAGUAGUGAUCGGGUGAUCAACAACUUUAAUUCUAUUUCUCACUACGCAGUGUGUCAACCUGACCGAGGAGAGGAACUCUCCUUCGACUUGAUGGCCUAAAGGUCUUUUUUUCCUUCUUACGUGAGAACGUAUCUCCACCUCGCUCAACUACCUACACACAAACUUCAAGGAAACUCAUAUUCUGAUAUUUAAGAGGCCAAACCCAAGUACUCUCAGGAGCUACAAAAUAGAAUUUCUCUUUUUCGGCAAAUCAAGCAUGCGAGGAUACAUCUGCAUCUAUCAUUCCACCAGGUCGCAGCAAGUGGUGGAGCUUCUAUGUCCAUGGAAGGUUCGUUGUAUCCUGGAUGGAUGGGAAGUGAUUACCAGCAUUAAUACUAAAGGCAUCUGAGAUGUGAGGGCGGUGAUAAAAGCUCGCGACAAUAGUCAGGGAACACCGGGCGAUGCUUUUAACUAUCACAACUUUUCUGGCGUUUUGCCAUGCCCAGAGAUAGUUUAUUAUAUUGGCUUCCUCGGCCCCCUUGUGCGUGCUGGUGUGUUUAUUUCCCUGUUUGAUCUUUUCUAUCUUUUUAGUCAAUGGUCUUUUAUAUAUCUCGAUUACUCUGCUAUUC